CUCUCUCUUCCUUAUUCUGUGAAGUCCCCGGGGAUGCCACACACAAGAUGGCCGCCGGGGGCGGACGUUCUCUGCCUCCCUCACACAGGCGGGAUAGACAUGGCUAUGUGUAAAGGGAAGUGAUCCCAUGUGAUGGAGUUUUUCGUUAGGUGGUGUGUAUGAGAGGAGCCGGGCUCUGUACACCGGACACCAUGUCCAUAGAGGACAUCUUCCUCUACCAGGUCCCCGCCGCCGUCAUGUGUAACUUCUAUGAGGUGAUGGACUCUCUGGAGGACUCUGACUGGAAGAAGUUCGCUUCCAUGAUCAUAUUUGACCAGACGGCUCUUCGCCUCCUGGAACAGCCGGGACGCCAGCGCAACCGGACAGAGGCGGUCAUGUGGAACUGGAUGAACAGAAACGGCAGAGUGGGAGAGCUGCUGUCUGUUUUGCAGAAACUAAGUUUAUGGCGCGCUCAUGGCAUCUUUGAGUACUGGAGGUCGGACUACCAAUCUCGUUUGCCACCCGCUCCGAAGACCUAUCCACCCAAAACACCUACCCCUCCACCCCCCUACAGUCAGCCUUGUACAGAAGAGAAUCGGCUACAGAAGAAGGACCCGUCCCCAAGCCUUUCAUAUGCUGAAACGGUGCAUUCCUCCGGAAUCCCACUACCUUUUCCAGGACCCCCUCCACCACAUCUGAUAAGUGGCAGUGUGUGUCCGCCUCGUGUGUCAGGUUCAGACAGUAGCAGCAGCAGCACUGGCAGUAAUACCCAUUCCUCCAUACAAGAAUCUUUCCCCUCCGUUAACCUAGUAGAACCACCCAGGAAUUUGAGGUGGAAUUUUCAAGAGGUGGUGGAAGGUACGAGGAACUUCUCCCCGUCGUUGCAGAUCGGAGAGGGCGGCUUUGGCUGUGUGUAUAAAGCAACCAUCCGGAACACCGAAUACGCAGUCAAGCGGCUGAAGCAGGAUUCUGAAUUAGAAUGGAGCACAGUGAAGAAGAGUUUCCUUACGGAGAUAGAGAAACUGACAUGUCUUCGUCACCCAAACAUCAUUGACCUGGCUGGUUACUGCAUGCAGGGAGAGGAGUACUGCCUUAUUUAUCUGUAUCUACCAAAUGGCUCCUUGGAAGAUCGACUGCAACUCCAGGGCAGUUUUCCAACCCUCUCGUGGAAGCAGCGUCUGGGUAUCAUGCAGGGUGCCGCUUGUGGGAUACAGUUCUUGCACACCUGCCAACCUAGCAUCAUCCAUGGAGACAUCAAGAGUUCCAACAUCCUCUUGGACCAGGCCUUGGUGCCCAAAAUAGGGGACUUCGGCCUUUCUCGAUUCAGUCGGUACACAUGUGAUGCAGGCAAAAGCCGCACUUUGGCACGAACCAGCACUGUGAGGGGUACGCUGGCGUACCUACCUGAUGAGUAUGUGAAAAUGGGGAAGCUUACUUUUGAACUGGACACUUACAGCUUUGGAGUGGUCUUACUGGAAAUACUGACAGGACAAAAAGCUGUAGAUAAUGAAGAAAGCAGUUCUCACACUAAGUAUCUGAAGGAUUUAGUUAAUGAAGAGGAGAGUGACAAGGAAAUGGAAUCUAGUUCUGUGAAGGGCGCCAUCAAAGUGUCAGAAGACAAGCAGUCCAGGGCAGCUUCUCGUAUCUGCCACCAGCACCUGGAUCUACGGGCUGGAAUCUGCCCUUUCGAGGUCGCCCAGGACCUUUCAUUGCUUGCUUGUCGAUGCUUGGGUCGUCAGAAGAAACGUCCCCGCAUGGUGGAGGUGUUUACUGAAAUAAAAAGGCUUCAGGAGCUCUUGACCUCGAUGGAGAUUGGACGUGACGGCAGCGAUCCCUGUGCUGGUGCUUUUGCAAGAUCGGGCUCCUUUCCGCCAAUGUUGGACCUCCUUUCCAGUUUGCAGGAUUCAAUCCUCAGCCCACAGGAGAACACGGACAAAUUUACCGCGUGUGGCUUUCAUGUGAAUAACCCGGUGUUCGGCAGUGUGCGCCCUUACAGCUACGACGUCUCCCAGAGCGUGGAGGACAAGCCAAGCAGUCUCUGUAGUUUACCUUCUUGUGAAAGUCACAGGACUUUUCAGAGGACUCCGAAUGAGCCCGUGGAGAGUGAUGAGAGUAUUCCUGGUCAGUCCGCUUUCUCUGAGGAACGUCGGUGUGAACUGAGGAGACAGCAGUGUAAUCCGGUGCACCGGGGAUUACAGUGCCGGAGCACAGCAGCUGCAGCACCCAACCAAUCUCAAAGCCCUGUGAUUGGACAAUGCCAUGGCUCUGUGCAAGAGGGGAGCAGCUUGUCGUCAUCUGGCUCACAGGCUAUCUCAGUGCCACAUCAUCAGAUCGUCAUGAAUCCAGCCAAACAGAGAUUUGUGGAGCAGCUGGCGCUAUAUGACCAGGGGAAAAUAAACAGCCUCGAACUGUUGUACUCUGGAAACAGUCCAGGAAACCGCUUGGAGCCCCGAGGGCAUCCAGAAGAAAGUGACGACUUUCCAAGUUAGCUUCUUGGCAAGCCUGCUAUAGGGGAAAGAUAUACUACUUGGCACAACGUUCUCCUUCUACUUGCAGAACCUUCAGCUUGCUGUUGGUGUUUAUCUACAGGAAGCCAGAAUGGACCUGCAAGAUCAAAUGAAAAGGAAUGAUGUUUACUCGCCGGUGAAAACGUUCUGUUGUGCGGUUGGACCAGUAAAACAGUAUUCUAUGCCCAGUCGAAGCAGGAAGGGCUUUCUCUGUGUGUUAUGUAAAGCUAUGUUCCUAAUGACAUUUCCUGUACACAAGACGGGGUGAGCUUACCGCUACGUAUCGCUGGCUUGUGUGUUUAAUAAUGGGAGAGCGUUUGUUUAUAUUUAUUAUAUAUGUUUUUUAAUAGAUGAUUGUGCUUUAAUAUAGUCUGUUUUUGGCUAUUUCCUAUUGGUUAUUGGCUCAUAAUAAAAGACAACUGUACUUUU